UCUACUGUGAAGACGCAAGCUUUCACUGGGAUAUGACUAGAUUAGUUUUAUCUCCGCAACGAAGCUUCUGAUACUUUAGACUUCGCGCCUUGGCAAAAAAGUAUCAAACUAUGUACUAUCCUUCAAAGAGCAAUCUAAGCGGGUUAAAAUAUUGAAAGAGUAUUUUCUACUUCAUAACUAUUGAUUCUGGUUAUACGUGGCAUCCGUGCUGCAGUUGGUUACCUUUGCGAAUAAAUAGCAUGUUGAAAUAUAUAUGUCGGUUGGAAUAUGGAAACGAUGAAGGCACAGAUUCGUUCAGAGUGCGGUUCCGUGUGCCGCUGCUAAACUACCGCUAAAUCAUGUGUUACCAUCAAUUCGACCUCCCAGAUGCUUAGGAAUUGAAACACUGACGUCCGCCGCAAUCACGGUGCUCGGUCUCUGCAAGUGCGCGCAUUAGGCAGACUGGGACGGUGAGAAGAGAGAGGAGUUAAGUGGGCGACGCAGGGAGCGGAACGGGUCUCCGCAUUCAGCUGCCAGCCCGCACCGUCCCCACCUCCAACCAUGUGCACGGCGCAGGAGAUGGCAAGUUAACCAUGCAUCACAACACCUCGGAGAACAACACAGUGCCGGAAGUUCCAGAGCCGAUGGAGGAGUUGCUCAUCGUCUCAGCGUUUGGUACCAUCUUAUCUUUUAUGUGUGUGGCCGGGGUGACGGGCAAUGUCUACACCCUGGUAGUGAUGUGCCAGUCCAUGCGAUCUGCUGCCUCCAUGUACGUCUCCAUAGUCAACCUGGCCCUAGCCGACCUUCUUUACCUCUCCACCAUCCCUUUCAUCGUUUGCACCUAUUUCGCCAAGAACUGGUACUUUGGUGACAUGGGCUGCAGGAUCUUACUCAGUCUCGACUUCCUGACCAUGCACGCCAGCAUCUUCACUCUGACGGUGAUGUGCACCGAACGUUACUUGGCCGUGGCCAAGCCGCUGGACACGGUCAGGAGAUCCAAGGGUUACAGGAAGGCCACCGCCGGGGUGGUGUGGUUGGUGAGCUUGCUCUUGGCCGUCCCUGUGAUGAGCAUGUUUAAGCUGCAUGAAAGCAGGAGGGAGAACGGGACGAUCAAGCGGACGUGUAUCACAACUUGGAGUCCGGAAUCUUAUUCCACUUAUUUGACUGUACUAUUUAUCACCAGUAUCGUGGCGCCAGGAAUGAUUAUCGGCUAUCUGUACACCCAGUUAGCCAGGAUCUAUAUGGAAUCCCAGAAGAACACGUUGGCAAAGAGCGAGAACAAGCAAACAUCCACGCAGAGAGUGGUCUUCAUGAUCUUCACCAUCGUCCUGGUCUUUUGGGCGUGUUUCUUGCCUUUCUGGGUCUGGCAACUUAUCCGCCUCUAUUCCGGCAGCCUGAACAUGUCACGGCAGACACUAACUUGCGUCAACUAUUUCAUGACCUGCCUGACCUACAGUAACAGUUGUAUUAACCCUUUCCUUUACACACUGCUAACCAAGAACUACAAAGACUACUUGAAAAAUAGGCACAGACACUUCCAGCGAUCGGGAUCCACGUCGUUUAGACGAAAUGCCAGUCUGCGGCGAUCGAUAAAAUCCAUCUCCUCGUGUAACCACAACAGCAACUCUUCCGAGGCAAUGGGUAUGUCUCAGUUGAAAGGGUCGAAAUGACAGUACCCAGAUCUAAAUGUUGCUCCCGCUGAAG